AUGCCCAGUUGUAAGCGCACCGAGGUCCGGCGCGUCUGCCGCCCGAUGCCCUCGCUCCUGGCCCGGCUCAACUGCACGCCAUGCAAUCGGGUCGUGUUCUUUCUGGUUGGAGUGGGACUCGGCGUCUUCUUCGUGCGAAACAAGGACUCCAAGGACAAGUCGAGCGACAAGAAGGAUGACAAGAAGAAGAAGUGAUAACCGGUAACAAAACCCGAUACCCGAUACGGAUGCCGUUGCCAGUCUGAAACCGGAAAGUUACCAAGCCGCCUGGAGAUGGCCUUCACUCUUGAGCAUUCGUGUAGCGGGCUGUAUCGCACUUAAAAUGCCGAUCGAUAAGUUUGUCCAUCGAUGGAGCCUGCGAUAAAUUUAUCAAUUGAGCAUUUUGUAAAAACGCCCCUCUUCAAAGUUUCUUCGAUUGAUCUGUUAUUUAUUCUUAUGAAAUGCACUUUAUUAAAUUACAACUGGAGUUCCUGCUAAGAAAGUA